AUGGUUGCUCCAUUUCGCCUCUUGUGCACAAAUGCGUUCGGGUUAAGUAGCAAGUUAGGCGACUUCCAGCACGCGUUGCUACAGCACAACCCUGACGUCGCAGUGGUAACCGAAACAAAGUUCACAACAGAGGAGGUCCAAGUGUCGGACACGAUAUUCCCGGGCUAUAGCCCUCCAUUCAGGCUUGACCGCACAGCACACGGUGGUGGAGAUGCAAUCUGGGUGCGAUCUACUCUCCCAGCCUUGAUCAUCGAUGAACUGGCCGCCCCCCAGCAUGAAGUCUUGUGGGUAUCCAUCCAGCUCAGAGCCGGGCACAAGAUUGUCCUGGGAGGUGUCUACUGGCCGGGUUCUUGCGGGCCCGGUGACCUCUCACUUAUCCAUCAUCUCGACGAUACCCUUCCUUUGGCCCGUCAACACGGCGCUAGUCUCAUUCUUGCUGGGGACUUUAACGUUCACAACCGUGCCUGGCUAAACAGCUCUAAGACCACACCGGCGGGCGAAGCACUUGAGGACACUUGUGUCGCGCACCUUCUUACGCAGCAUGUUCAGACUCCUACUCGUGGCGACAAUACCCUUGACCUCGUGAUGUCUACCUUCAACUCCCCAGUAUUGACAACCGCCACACCCCCUCUUGGGCGGUCUGACCACGUUAUCGUUCUAUCCGACUUCGUAGGCAUAUUACCUUGCCACGAACUUGCAGCAAAGCGAACUGUCUGGCGGUACAAGAGCGCAGACUGGUAUCGCCUCCGAGCUUUCCUUCGCAACUUUCCAUGGCACGACAUCAUAACUGAUGACCCGGACACCUCCUAUGAGCGGGUAACCAAAACUAUCGGAGGCGCAAUAGCCAGGUUUGUCCCAUCUAAGGAACUUACCACGAGGCCGAGUGAUCCAAAACUGUGGACACCGGAAUGUACAGCUGCUAUGAGGGAAAAGGACAAACGUUGGCGUUCCUGGAGAAAACACCCGAACGAUCUUUCACUCAAACAAGCUUUCCUCCGCUCCGUUACCACAGCCGUCAACAUCCUAAGGCGAUCCCAGGAAGCUAAAGAGGCCAGUAUCCGUCACAGCCUGUCCACGGGCUCACUCAAGGACAAAGAAUGGUGGACCAAGUUAAAGUAUGCUAGUGGGGACGGAUGUAACACGGACAUUCCUCUCAUUGUUGAUGCGGGCGGACGGGAGUUGGCAACAAGCCAUGAGAAAUCGGAGGCCUUUGCCACCUUCUUCUCCAGGAAGUGCAGUGUCACUGGCCAGGAUCUUCUUCUGACGACUUACCUGACCUUGUUGCAACCGGAGCACCGGCCCUCGCAGCCGUUCAUUUUCGCCCCGCCACUGUCUACCGUCUGCUAG